AUGACUUCAGUCUCGACAUCCCCUCAGUCCGUCCCUGCAGCUCCUCAUGUCAAAGUUGAGCGAAGAGCCACACGCGACUCGUUUCGCACCACCACAAACAUUGUCUCUCCAACCUCGCCCACUCAGAAACCGGUCCCCAACCGGCGCUUUUCAGGUGUCCAAUCCAAGGUAGGAUCCAUGGACGCCAUCAACUACAGACCAAAACCCUCCGAGAAAAAGAUCCAGUCGUUCAAGUCCGACUUCUCACACGUAAAGAGCAAGGUCGACGCCAAAAUGGCCGUACCCACCCCUGAGGCACCUGCCAAUACGGAUGCCCCUACACUUCCCUCUCCCGGAGUUGCAGUUCCUACAACCAAACGACCAACUGUUAUCACCACUGGGUUCUCGCAUACCCCUUCGUCAAGGGCAAGUCAGUCAACCGCCACUACCCACUCCAGUUCGCAGCCGCAACGAGCACUCUCGCCUCCUUCUUCACGUCGCUCUUCCGCCACAAUUACCUCAAUCAGGACAGCGGCCUCGUCGGCCAUUAGCGCUGCCACACAAGCGGCCACGGUAGGCACACCGCGUUCUCCCCCACACUCUCGACGAAGCUCCACAUCUUCGGUGCCCGUGACGAGUUCCCCCAUGUCCCCCACCAGCCCAACUCGCCGACUCUCAAAACAUAUUAUCCCAACCCAAAAGACCUCAUACGAUCAUGUGAAAUCCAAGGUCGGUACCUUCGAGAACGUCAACUAUGCUGCUCGAGGACGACCCAAUAGCCGCGAUUCUAGUGCCGAUGAGGGCAAUGGUCGUUCUCGCUCACCCAGUGCCAUGUCGUCCACAUCCUCAACAAGCGCAGCACCCACCAGUCCCACCAGCAGUACCGGACGACGAUCGUCUUUCAAGAUCCCUGCUUCCAAGAAGGUCGACUAUUCCAAGGUCACCUCCAAGGUUGGUAGUAUGGAAAACAUCAGCCACACACCCCAGGGCGGCAACCUCAAGAUCUUUAACGAGAAGUUGAAUGCCCCCAAGGUGCAGUCCAAGGUCGGCAGUAUGGAGUACAUCAACCAUUCGCCCCAAGGUGGCAAUCUCAAGGUCUUUAGCGAAAAGCUGAGUUUCCGGGAACAGGCGCAGUCAAAGAUUGCCAAGGAGAUCAACAUUGUGCAGUUUUACCAGUCAAGCGAGAUGUCGUUUGAUACAUCGAUCCAAGAGAAAAGAGAGGAGGACAUCGAAGCCAGCGUCAUCUACUCAGAGGCUGACCAGGAGGAUUUUGAGCCACCCAAAAACAUUCUCUCUGUUCUGGAGGAGGUUACUGAGGCAGUAGAGGAACUCGAUCUAGUGGAAUCGCCACAACAGCAACAGUAG